GCAAAAUCAGCUACGUGGAUACUAAAAAUUGGACCUUAUUAUUUUUCAAACAAUUAUAGCGUUUAAAAUGCAGCGAUGGAAAGACAGGGCGCAGUCCCAAGUCGCACGAUCGACGUCGCCAAACGAAAGUCAAGUACAGACAAAUGUUCCUGUUUCGGAGGGAGUGUCGAUAAAUAACGAUGGACAAAAUAGAUGCUGCUCUUUAGAAGAGGGACAGUUUGUAAAAGAAAAAGUCAUAUCAAUGUACCGUAAGUUAGAAAUCAUUCUAAAGAGUGAUGAAUACUUGGAGGAUCUUCGUUUUGAGCUAGACCAUUCCAAUCCAAAUUAUCUCACAGUUCUCCAGAAAAGAAUUAAAGAUAUGGAGAAAUCUGACCAUGGAAUUGUUGUUGCAGGGGAAACAAGCGCGGGAAAAACAACACUAAUCAAUAAGCUACUGAAUAGGAGACUUUUUAAAGGCAGAAACUUGGAAACAACAUCAACUAUUAUUAAACUACGAAAUUCAGAAAGAAUCAAAAUCAUCACUGAAAGUGAUGCAGGAAAGAUUGAAGAAAAAGAUUUUACAGAUAAAUGUGACCUUGCAAGUAAAGAUGGAGUGAAGGUAUUGAGGGAUUUUUUAAAAGAUAUGACAGACAUGACUGCGUCUCAAAGGAGUGCCCAAAUUCGAAAUGUUGACAUUAGCCUCCCCAUUCCCUUUCUACAGGGCAACACAAUUCUUGUGGACACACCGGGGAUCGGAGGUUCAGGGGAAGUUACUCAAAAACUGUUGGACUACCUACCAAAUGCUGUUUCAUUUAUCUUCGUGAUCAACGUGGGGAGUGCUGGUGGAAUGCAAAAUGACAGGCUUCCAGAGAUACUCAGAUCAAUAACUCUCCUGCAAUUGGACGAUGAAAUGCCAUGUUUUGAUUCACAGGAUGUAAUGUUUGUAACAAAUAAGUGGGAUACAAUUGAAAGCAAUGCUGAGGGAAGUGACGAAAACAGCAGCGACGAGGAUGACGUAACAAAAACGUGGAAAACUCUCAAGGCGAACAUUAAAAAACAUUGGCCAUCUGUUAAAGAGGAAAAUAUUUACAGAUUGAGUCUAAAAGACAUUGAUAAACGAAAUAUUUAUUCUGCCGAGUACGACAAAUUUCUGACUGCUCUGAAAUCAAAUGCGAAGAAAUCGGAAAACAGUAGAGUCCUUCAGCAUUUAAGGUUUUUAAAAGAUUUACUGACCAAUAUAUCAAAAGGAUUGAAUGCAAGGCUUGAAUUAAGACAGAUGAGUGAGAGAGACCAACACCAUUUGGAAGAAGCUCACAACAAAAAGAUAAAAACGAUAACUGAUGAAUGUGUACAGAUCAAAGAUACGUUGCGUAAGAAAACCCAAAAGGCUAUAGAGGAUACAGCAGAAGCAUGUUAUGACUACAUGCUUACACCAGCGGGAAAAGACAAAGUUCUCAACCCGCCAGGUCACAAACCUAUCAUGAAAAUUGAUUGGCAACCAAAUGUCUUUACUGAAAAAGUCCAAGAAAGAGUCAAAAUGUACGUUUCAGAAUACUUACAAACUAAAGAUGUUUUGCAAAAGUUUAGAAAAAUAAAAGAUGAAACAGCUUCUUUUUACCAAAAAAAAUCAUCCGAUCUCUCCAAAAUGGAAACUGGUUGGACUGGUUGUACUGAAGAUAAGACAAGUAAGACGCCUACACUGUCUAAAGAAGAUUCAGAGCUCUCAACAGCAUCUUUUGUUGGGAUUGUUCUUGCAACAUCACCACUGUGGAUACCCUUACUUGCUACUGGAGUUGGUUUAACUAUCGCUGCAAGCCCAAUUAUUUUCCCAAUUGUAAAAUUUCUUGGUCGAGAUAAACGAAAAGAAAAGCUCAUAGACGAAGAAUAUAGAAGAUGUCUUUUGUCCAUCAAAGGAUUAAUCUGCAAGGAACUUGAAACAAAUCAAGGCAGCGUCAUUAAUAAGUUUGUAGAUAGAGUAACAGACGACUUGAUUCUAGGACGAAUACAAUCCCUGCAAAAGAUGAUCCAUCAACUAUCGAAGUCGCGUAGCGAAAUAAUAUCAAACGUGGAUACCCUUUCUUAUUUGGCAAAGAACAUUAAAAGUAUCGAGGGAUCUGCAACAGAAUUGCUAGAUUUUGUUGCUCAAGAGGUAAAAGCGACCGAGACAGGAAUGCACUAAAAAA